AUGCUCCGCCUGCUCCUCGCGUGCUGCGCCGUCGCCGCGGGCCUCGACUUCGUCGCGCACGAGCUCGAGGCAUUCGGCACAAACUACCACUACGCCGCCGUCGUCGUCGACGUCGACGGCGACGGCGGCAACGACGCGCUCGCCGCGAGCUACGUGCGGGGCGAGAUCUACUGGUACGAUCCGGCGGCGGGCUCGGUCCGGCUGGACAUCGUCGGCGACGAGGCCCGCGGCCUCGUCUUCUCGGUCUUCGCCGCGGACGUCGACGGCGACGGCGACGUCGACGUCGUCGCGGGCUCCGUCGGCGCCGGCGACCUCGGCUGGUACGCGAACGACGGGUCCGAGCAGUUCGCCUACGCGCACAUCGCCGACGCCGCGGGCCCCUACACGGUCGCGGCCGCGGACGUCGACGGCGACGGCGCCGUCGAGUUCGUCGCCGUCGCGUUCAACGACGACGCGGUCGCCUGGUACGAGGCCGAGGGGACGACUUACGUCGUCGCGGCCGCCGCCUACGGCGCCUACUCCGUCCACGCCGCCGACGUCGACGGCGACGGCGACCUCGACCUGGUCGCGGCCUCUUACUCGGACGACACGGUGCGCUACUUCGCGAACGACGGCGCCGGGAACUUCGACGCCGAAGUGGUCGUCGACGGCGACGCCGACGGCGCGAUCCACGUCGGCGCCGCGGACGUCGACGCCGACGGCGCGCCCGACGUGCUGGCCGUCGCGGCGAGCGACUUCGCGUUCCUCUGGUACGAGAACGGGCUGCCCUACGCGGGCUUCGCGAAACACACCGCGACCGCGGGCGCGGGCACGGCGCGGUCCCUCGCCGCGGCGGACCUCGACGGCGACGGCGACGUCGACCUCCUCCCCGCAGAGUUCAGCGUCUACCACAACUACUGGCUCGAGCACGACCUGGACUCGUACGGCGACGUCGCCUUCACCGCGCGGGCCCUCGGCGACGCGCUCGAGAGCGGGCAGUCGCCGGCCGUCGCCGCGCCCGGCGACCUCGACGGCGACGGCGACGUCGACGCGCUCGUCGGCGGCGUGUCGUCCGGCGCGGGCGGCUUCCUGGCCUGGUACGAGAACGGCGCCGUCACGGCCCCGCCGACGCCGCGGCCGACGGCGUCCUGCGCGGCCGUCGCCUUCGCCGAGCGCGUCGUGUCGACGGCCUCGCCGGGCCCCCGCGCCGUCCGCGCGGUCGACGUCGACGGCGACGGCGACGCGGACGCGCUGGCCUCGUUCACGGACGACGCCGUCGCGUGGUACGAGAACGACGGCUCGCAGUCCUUCGCGGCGCGCGACGUCGGCGACGACUCCCCCAGCGCGGCGGCCGUCGCGGCCGUCGACGUCGACGGCGACGGCGACCUCGACGUGCUGACGGUGAACGGCAACGACGACGCGGUGCUCUGGUACGAGAACGACGGGUCCCAGUCUUUCACGAAGCGCGUCAUCACGACGCUCGCGGAGAACGCCGUCGCCGCCGCCGGCGUCGACGUGGACGGCGACGGCGACGUCGACGUGGUCGCGGCGUCGAUGCUCGACGACACGGUGGCCUGGCACGCGAACGACGGGUCCCAGUCCUUCACGGAGCGCAUCGUCGCGACGACCCUCGCCUACGCCAUCGACGUCGACGCGUCGGACGUCGACGGCGACGGCGACCUGGACCUAAUCGUCGCGGCGUACGAAGCCAACGCCAUCGUCUGGUUCGAGAACGACGGGUCCGAGUCCUUCUCGCACCACGUCAUCACGGCGGCCGCGACCGGCGCCACGGACGUCGUCCACGUCGACCUCGACGGCGACGGCGACGUCGACGCGCUUGCCGCGUCGACCGACGACGACACGAUCGCGUGGUACGAGAACGACGGCUCCCAGUCGUUCACCGAGCGCAUCAUCACGACGCUCGCCGACGGCGCCAUGUCCGUCUUCCCCGUCGACAUCGACGGCGACGGCGACGUCGACGUGCUGGCCGCGUCCUACUACGACGACACGGUCGCGUGGUACGAGAACGACGGCGCCGACGGCGGCGCCGAGCACGUCGUCACGACGCUCGCGGCCGGCGCCCGGUUCGUCUUCGCGCUCGACGUCGACGGCGACGGCGACGUCGACGCGCUGUCCGCGUCCAUCAAGAACGACACGGUCGCGUGGUACGAGAACGACUGCGCGUCGCACGCGCCGACCGCGGCGCCCGCGGCCGCUCCGACGCCUCGGCCGACGAUCACCUGCGCGUCCGUCGCCUUCGCGGAGCACAUCGUCGCGACGACCGCCGGCGGCGGCAACUCGGUCUUCGCGAUCGACGUCGACGCCGACGGCGACGUGGACGCGCUGGCGGCCUUCGCCGCCGACACGGUCGUCUGGUACGAGAACGACGGCUCCCAGUCCUUCACCGAGCACAUCAUCUCGUGGCUCGCGGACGACGCCGCCUCCGUCUUCGCCAUCGACGUCGACGGCGACGGCGACGUCGACGCGCUGUCGGCGUCCAAACUUGACGACACGGUCGCGUGGUACGAGAACGACGGGUCCGAGUCCUUCUCCGAGCGGAUCCUUACGACGGUCGCCGGCGCCGCCAUGUCCGUCUUCGCGAUCGACGUCGACGGCGACGGCGACGUCGACGUCCUGUCGGCGUCCGCCACGGACGACACGGUCGCGUGGUACGAGAACGACGGCUCCCAGUCCUUCACCGAACGCAUGGUCACCAAUAUGGCGGACGGCGCCAUGUCCGUCUUCGCAAUCGACGUCGACGGCGACGGCGACGUGGACGUCCUGUCGGCAUCCUACUACGACGACACGGUCGCGUGGUACGAGAACGGCGGCUCGCAGUCCUUCACGGAGCACGUCCUCACAAACUCGGCGAACGGCGCCUGGUUCGUCUCCGCCGCCGACGCCGACGGCGACGGCGACGUCGACGUCCUGUCGGCGGCUUACUUGGGCAACACGGUCGCGUGGCACGAGAACGGCGGCGGCGCGUUCGCGCAGAUCGACGGCCAUUGCGACGGUUACGCGUCCUUUGAGCGCAUCUGCCCGUCGAGCGACGCGACCUGCGGCGGCUGGAGCGACUUCAUCGUGGGACAGGGCGGCGCGGGCGACAGCUUGGUCGCGUGCCAGACGCGGUGCGCGGAAGCGAGCUGCGGAGGCAUCUACUUCGACGACGCGCACGGCUGCGGGAACUACGACGCGUGCGCUGACUCGGGCGAUGGCCAGAAUUGGGGCGCAAGUUUCUACAUCCGCGUGUCCAAUGCCUUCACGGAGCGCGUCAUCGCGACGCACGCGGUCUACGCCGUCUCCGUCUUCGCGAUCGACGUCGACGGCGACGGCGACGUGGACGCGCUCUCUUCCACCAGUUCCGUGGCGACGUGGUACGAGAACGACGGCGCCCAGUCGUUCACGGAGCGCCUGAUCUCGUCGGUCGGCGCCGGUUCCCUCGUCGCCAUCGACGUCGACGCCGACGGCGACGUCGACGCGCUGUCGGUGUACGGCGACGGCGCUUCGGUCGCGUGGUACGAGAACGACUGCGGCACGUUCGCACCCACGAGCACGCUCGCUCCCACGACGGCGCCGACGACGACCCGCGCGCCCUCUCCCUCUCCGACGCCGCGGCCGAUGGUCAGCUGCGCCAGCGUCUCCUUCGCCGGGCGCGUCGUCACCGACUCGGCGGACGGUGCCUACUCCGUCUUCGCCAUCGACGUCGACGGCGACGACGACGUCGACGUGCUGUCGGCGUCCUACAGCGACAACACGGUCUCCUGGUACGAAAACGACGGGUCCCAGUCCUUCACGGAGCGCAUCAUCACGACGCUCGCGGACAACGUCCUGUCCGUCUUCGCCAUCGACGUCGACGGCGACGGCGACGUCGACGCGCUGUCGGCGUCCUACAUGGACGACACGGUCGCGUGGUACGAGAACGAUGCGUCGGAGCCCUUUACCGAGCGCGUCAUCACGUACACGGCAGACGCCGCCGAUUCCGUCUACGCGAUCGACGUCGACGGCGACGGCGACGCGGACGCGCUGUCGGCGUCCAAAACCGACGACACGGUCGCGUGGUACGAGAACGACGGGACCCAGUCGUUCACCGAGCGCGUCAUCACGACGCUCGCCGACGGCGCCAUGUCCGUCUUCCCCGUCGACAUCGACGGCGACGGCGACGUCGACCUGCUGGCCGCGUCCCGCUACGACGACACGGUCGCGUGGUACGAGAACGGCGAUGCGCAGUCCUUCACGGAGCGCAUCAUCUCUACCACGGCGGACUUUGCCACCUCCGUCUUCGCGAUCGACGUCGACGGGGACGGCGACGUCGACGUGCUUUCAGCCUCCGGCUCCGACAACACGGUCGCCUGGUACGAGAACGACGGCGCCCAGUCCUUCACGAAGCGCAUCAUCUCGGCAUCCGCCGGCGGGGCCUAUGCCGUCUUCGCGAUCGACCUCGAUGGCGACGGCGAUGUCGACCCGCUCUCGGCGUCUCCCAGCGACGACACGGUCGCGUGGUACGAGAACGACGGGUCGCAGUCCUUCACGGAGCGCGUCUUUGGCACACCGGACCGCCCCCGCUCCGUCUACGCCAUCGACGUCGACGGCGACGGCGAUGUCGACGCGCUCUCGGCGUCCGCCGACGACGACACGGUCGCGUGGUACGAGGACGACUGCGAGACGGCCGCGCCUACGGCGGUGCCGUCUGCCGAGACGGCCGCGCCUACGGCGGUGCCGUCUGCGAGUACCACGCCGACGACGAGCCUCGCGCCGACGAGCGCUGCCCCAACGCCGCGGCCGACGACUUUCUGCACGAGCGUCUCAUUUUUACAGCACACCAUCAGCAACUCGGCGACGGGCGCCUUUGGCGUUUACGCGUUCGACGUCGACGGCGACGGCGUCGACGAUGUCCUGUCGGCGUCCUACAGCGACGACACCGUCGCGUGGUUCGAGAACGACGGCUCCCAGUCCUUCACCGAGCGCAUCCUCACCACGCUGGCAGAAGGGGCCCGAAACGUCUUCGCGAUCGACGUGGACGGCGACGGCGACGCGGACGCGCUCUCGGCGUCCAACGGGGACGACACGGUCGCGUGGUACGAGAACGACGGGUCCCAGUCCUUCGCGGAACGCGUCAUUACGACGCUCGCGGACGCCGCCCAAUCAGUGUUUGCCAUCGACGUGGACGGCGACGGCGACGUGGACGCCCUCUCGGCGAGUUUCGUCGACGACACGGUCGCGUGGUACGAAAACGACGGGGCCCAGGCCUUCGCAAAGGCCGACCUCACGAGUUCGGCGGAUGACGUCCGCAGCGUCGUCGCGAUCGACGUGGACGGCGACGGCGACGUCGACGUGCUCUCGGCGUCCCAGCUAGACAACACGAUCGCGUGGUACGAGAACGACGGGUCGCAGAGCUUUACGGCGCGCGUCGUCACGAACGCGGCGGACGCCGCCUACUCCGUCUUCGCGAUCGACGUGGACGGCGACGGCGACGCGGACGCGCUCUCGGCGUCCGCCGACGACGACACGGUGGCGUGGUACGAGAACGACGGGUCCCAGUCCUUCGCAGAGCUGGUUAUUGCGGACGCGGCGGACCAAGCCAACACUGUCUUCGCGUUCGACGUCGACGGCGACGGCGACAUCGACGCGCUGUCGUCGUCCUACGGCGACGACACGGUCUCCUGGUACGAAAACGACGGCUCGCAGUCCUUCACGACCCGCAUCAUCACGACGUUGGCGGACGGCGCCCACUCCGUUGCCGCAGCCGACGUCGACGGCGACGGCGACGCGGACGCGCUGUCCGCGGCCUACGGCGCCGGCGCGAUCGCGUGGCACGAGAACGAGUGCGCGACGCGCGCGCCGACGGCGACGCCGACGGCGGCCGCGUCGCCGGCGCCGACGACGGCCGCGCCCGUCGCCGCGGACGCGCCGAGCGCCGCGCCGACGCCGACGCCCUGCGACGCCGUCGCGGCCGGGUCCUACGCGGGGCCGCCGCCGCGUUUGGCCGCCGCGGCGUUCACGAGCACGGGCGCGGCGCUGACGGUCGCCUUCGACGCGCCGACGGACCUCGGCGGCUUCGCCGCGGGCGAGGCCUUUGGCUGCGCGGCGCUGCUCGACAUGGCCGACGGCGAUGUGGCGCAGUGCGACUGGACGGACGCGUCGACGCUCAACGUCCUCGUGUCGUCGGCGCUCGCCGUCGUCCCCGGCGUCACCGUCGCGCUCAAGCCCGGCGUGCUCAAGGCGCCCUGCGACGACGCCGUAUUUUCGCGCUGCGACUGCGUGCCCUGUGCGUCGAACUCGUCCGCGGUCCUCGCGCCGCCGGCGACGCCGCUCGUGCCGAGCGUCGUGCUCCAGGGGCCGACGUCCGCGGCCGUCUGCGAGGGCGGCUUCGAGGUCUCCGGCGACCAGUCCACGGGCUCCGGCGGCCGCGCCUUCGUCGUCCGCGACUGGAACGCGACGUGCGUCGGCGCGGGCGGGAUCGCGGCCGCGGUCGAAAACGCGGCCGCGGACCCGGCGACCUUCGCCGUCGCGUCGGCGACGCUGUCGUCCCUGGGCUGCGAGGCCGUGACCCUGACGCUCACGCUGGCCAACUUCCUCGGCUUUUCCGCGACGAGCGCCGCGCACGCCGUCGCCGUCCGGCACGACACGCCGCCCGUCGUCACGGUCGUCGGCGGCCUGCGCCAGGCGACGGCGCGGCCCCAGGCGCUGAGCGUCACGGCGAGCGCGCUGGCGACGUCCUGCGACGGCCGCGCGGCCCGGGACCGCGCCGUCGUCUACGACUGGGCCCUCGCGGGCGGCCUCGCGUCGACGUCGCGCGACCCCCGCUACUUCAAGCUGCCGCCCUUCGCGUUGAGCGUGGGCACGCACGCGCUCACGCUCGUCGUGCGCGACGCCCAGCACGCGGCGUCGAACACGUCGACGGCGCUCAGCGUCGUCGUCGCGCGGUCGGCCGUCGUCGCCGUCGUCGACGGCGGCGACCGCGUCGUCCCCGCGUCGUCCCCGCUCCGCCUCUCGGCGUCCGAGUCCUACGACGAGGACGUCCCCGGCGCGACGGGCGCAAACGCGGGGCUCGCGUUCACCUGGACCUGCGACGAGCUCGUGUUGGAGGACGCGACGGGCGAGGCGCUCGACGUGUCGCUGGACGCGGGGCUCUACACGUUCCGCGUCAACGCGACGGCGGCCGACGGGACGCACGGCGCGGCGACGGCGCUCAUCGACGUCGUCGCCGCGGACCCGCCGCGCGUCGCCGCGUCCGCGGUGCCGCCGCGCGUCGCGUCUACUCUGCGGCUGUCGCUGUCGGGCGACGUGGACCCGUCGAGCCUCGGGCGCGCCGUCGACGCCGCGCUCGGCCUCAACAGCACCUGGGCCGUCGUCGCCGGCGCCCUCGCCGACGGCGCGGCCCUGGAGGCCGUCGCGGCGACGCGGCCGGCCGUCCGCGGGCCCGCGCGGCCGCGGACGCACGCGCUCGUGCUCCCCAAGGGGGCCCUCGUCGCCGGCGGCGCCUACGCGCUCGAGCUCUCGGCGACCUACGGCGGCUCGGCCGUCGCCGGCGCCGCGCGCGUCGCCUUCGUCGCCGCCGCGCCGCCGACGAGCGGCGUCGUCGUCGCGGCGCCGGAGUCCGGGGUCGCGCUCGAGACGCUCUUCGCGCUCGAGACGCGGUCCUGGGUCACCGCGGACGCGCCGCUGACCUACGCCUUCAAGGCCGGCGGCGCGACGCUGCGCGCGCCGACGCUCGAGCCCCAGCUCGAGGGCGUCGUCCUCAAGGAGGGCGCCGUCGUCGUCGCCGUCGUCGCCUACGACAGCCUCGGCGGCUCGAGCGGCGCCGAGACGGUCGUGCUCUGCGCGCCGCCGGCGCCGGAGACCCUCGCGGCCCUCGCGGCGGACCGCCUCGACGAGGCCGCGGCCCUGGGCAACUCGGAGGCCGUCGCGCAGACCGUCGUCGCCGCGGCGGGCGCCGCGGACCCGAGUUUGCUGUCGACGCUCCUCGAGGCCAUGGACGCCGUCGUCGACGCCCUCGACGACGACGCCGCGCUCCUCGAGCAGAGCGCGUCGGCCGUCGCGGCGGCCGCGGCGGCCGACGGCGGCGUCCUGCUCGGCGAGGCCGCCGCGGCGACGGCGCUCAACGCGACGGCGAAAGUCGCGGCGCGGUCGCGCGCCGUCGGCUUCGCGGAGACGACGGCCGAGUCCUGCGUCGUGGCCAUGAGCGCGCUGCUCGACAACGACGACGCGCGCCGGCGCCGGCGGCUGAACAUCGAGGCGCCCGCGGAGCCGUCGGCGACGCGCGUCGCCGUCGCGGCCGUGCUCGACGACGUCGCCGUCGCGGCGACCGCCGGCGCCGUCGCCGGCGAGGACCCCGUGGUCGUCUCCUCGGACCGCAUCGACGUGACCAGCGCGGCGCUCCCGCUGAACGCGACGCCCGGCGUGCCCAACGCGGUGUCGAGCCCGCGCGGCGGCCGCGCCGUCGCGCUCCCGGACGCCAUCGGCGGGCCCGGCGACGCCGUCGUCGUCGUCCUCGCGGACCUCUACGACGACGACGUCGCCCGCGAGGACGACGACGACGGCGGCGACGUCGCCCGCGAGGACGACGACGACGGCGCGCCGUCGCCGGCGCCGUCGUCGAAGCCGUCGCCGCGGCCGUCGCCGAAGCCGUCGUCUCGAUCGCCGACGCGGUCUCCGUCGUCCGCGUCGACGACCCUAGUCCCGUCGUCGGCGCCGACGUCGCUCGCGCCGUCGUCCGCGUCGCCGACGCUCGCGCCGUCGUCCGCGCCGACGCGGUCGCCGACGGUCGCGCCGUCGCUCGCGCCGCGGCCCGGGGCCACGACGCACUUCGGCGUCUUCGGCGGCGGCAACGAGUCGCUGCGCGUGCGCCUCGACCUCGCCCGGGCCUCGACGCUCGCCGAGGGCAGGGAGACGGCGAACCUGACCUGCCCCUGCGGUUUCGUCGGCGACGUGAACCACACGUGCGCCGACGGCGCGGUCGUAUCGCAGCACUGCGACGGCGCGGCGGGCGCCUUCGAGCUGCGCUGCCCCGGCGAGAAACACCGCUGCUUCCGGCGCAGGAAGGACGGCGACUGGGGCAAGGCCUGCGAGACGUCGACGAGCGACACGGGCGUCGUGUCGUGCGCGUGCGCCGCGCGGGUCAACCGGCCCGGCGACUACCGCGUCGAGACGGACGCCGUCGCGUCGUCGGCGGCCUACGUCGGCUCCUUCGUGUCCGUGCCGGACCUGGGCCGGUCCGCGGCGAUCCUGCUCGCGCUCCUGGGCCUCGCGGCCGCGGUCGGCCUCGUCGCGGCGGGCGGCCGCGUCCUGGAUCGGCGGGACGCCGCGGUGCCGCCGCCGUCGCUGCGGUCGCGCAUGCUCAGGAAGCAGCGCGACGACUUCGGCGCGUCGACGGACCAGCUCGCGUACUUCGGGUCGCGCGAGUCGCUCGACGUCAUCGUCGAGGCGUCGUUCUUCGCCAAGGCGACGACGCUGCUCAAGAAGAACCACGCGCUCCUCAACAUCUACUACGUCCACUCCGACGGCCUGUCGCGGCCCCUGCGCGCGCUCAAGCUCGGCGUCGAGAUCUUGCUCUUCCUGUGGGGCGUCGCGCUUUCGACCGCGAUGACGUACCCGGACCCGGGCUGCGACGGCGAAAGCACGCGGCGGGGCUGCCUCCAGUACGUGAACCUGAACCCGGGCGGCGUCUUCAAGACGCGGCGCAUGUGCAAGUGGGACCGCUGCAGCGGGUCCUGCGUCUACCGCGCGCCGAACGCGACCGCGACGGCGACGACGGAGCACUAUUUUACGCUGGCGCUGACCAUGGCGCUCCUCCUCCCGCUCAUCGCCGUCCUCGACGUCAUCUUCGACACCUACGUCGCCGCGCCGUCGCCCUUCGCCCACGCGCGGGAGAAAGCCGGGGAGAAGCCGGAGGCGGAGAAGAGCCACCGCACGUUGGACGCGCUCGACGAGCCGAGCUUCAGCUUCGUGCCCGAGGGGCUCGCGCGGCCCGACGUCGACGCGGCCGUCGCGCGCCACUGCGAGACGCCCAAAGCGACGGCGCGGAAGCGGGCGAAGAAGUGGACGACCUACUUCCGGCGGCGCCUCGCGGCGUUCCGCCGCAACGUCGGCGAGAGUCUCGGCGAGACGCGGUCCCUGCGCCACAAAUCCGCGGCGCUCGAGGAGACGGUGCGGAAGCUCGCCCCCGCCGUCGCCGAGGCCGUCGUCGCGCGCGACGAGGAGCUCCAGCGCGCCAUCGACGGCGCCUUCGAGGAGAGCGCGCGCGUCUCGCUGAAGCGGCUCCGGAGCCGGCUCCGCAACGAGUGGGAUUUCGUGGAGGACCGCGCGGUCUUCCGGGCCACGGUCAGGGCCAUCCUCCAGCGGCACAUCCUGCGGGCCCUGGUCUGGGACGAGGAGCUCAGCGCCAUUAAAGGGGACACGCCGGAGAAGACGCGCGCGUUGAAGGGCGCGAAGCUCUUCGAACUCGAGCGCCUCUCGAAGCUCGGGCCCGCGGAGCGCAAUAUUUAUCGUCAUUCCAUCACCUCCUUCGACGAGGACGCGGCCGUCGACGUGCCGACGAAGGCGCGGUACGUCGGAGCCAUCGCCGCGGAAGUGGUCCUGCUGCUCUACAUCGGCUUUUAUCUGGUGGCCUACGGGUCCGACAUGGGCCGGGGGCGCACGAUCGUCUGGCUCUACACCGUGUCCGUGUCCCUGGCGCUCUACUACGCCGUCAUCUCGCCCCUGGAGGUCUUGUUCUUCGGCUACGCGCUGCCGUCGCUCCUCGCGGAGCACUUCGAGAAGUUCGAGGAUCCGACGUCGUUGUCGCGCUACCCCUUCGAGACGAAGCUGCCGUCCGUGGCGACCUACUUUUUAGCGCUGUGGCACGAGGAGCUCCACGAGACGAGGAUAGGCCGCCACUGCCUGGGCACGCUCCACGAGGAGGCCCCCGACACGUCGCCGGAGGCGCUGAAGCGGAUUCUAGCGGACGCGACGUGGCGGCCGACGCUUCAGGUCCGCGCGACGAUCUUCCUCGUGUCGGGCUUCGUGACGCUACCCGUGUCCUGGCAGGAGGUCCUCUUCGAGGAGGUCUUCACGUUCACGCCCUUUUGCUCCCAGAUCCUGACGGCCGUGGUCGGCGUCGACCUCACGGGCGGCGGGUCCUCGGGAAGGCGCGCCGUCGACGUGUCGACGAUCGUGAACCUCGUCGGCGUCAUCGUGCUGCUGUUUAUCUCCAUCACGCUCUGGCAGGGCGGCUCCGAGCUCGCGCGGCGCCUCUCCGUACGGUACCGUCGAGUUCCACCCCCGGACCACCGCGAGAAGUGGCACGAGCGCCGCGGCGAUUCGACGCGCCGGGCCGCGACGCGGAAGCGCAACUCGGCCCUCGAGGACACGAUGCGCUCCACGGGCCGGCGCCUCUCGACGAUCAUGAAGCACCGCGGCGUCGAACCCGCGGACGCCGCCGAAAAAGCGAAGCAUCAGCGGGCCGCGGACGACUUCGCGGCCAUCGAGAUGGGCCGCGUGGCCGAAAAAGCGGCGGCGAAGCCGAAGCGCGCGUCCGCGCUCGUCGACUGGAGCCACACCGGGGGGUCCGGCGGGGACGCCGGCGCGGCGCCGCCGCCGCCGACGUUCAACCCGCUGAGCCCGCGGUCCGGCGACCCGACCCGCGUCGGCUGGGACGCCUUCGCCGCGGAGCCGGGCACGCCGAUGACGGCCAACCCCAUGAGCCCGCGGUCGCCGGGCACGCCGCGCACGCCCGGCGGCUCCAAGCGGAGGAACCCGGAGUGUCCGUACUAA